AUGGCUCCCAUUACUAGAAAGUUCAUCAAGAUCAACUUUGUGAGCAUACCUCCCGAGCUUAAAGAAUUAGUCUCAGAAGUCCCCAAAAAUUCCCGAUUCGCUGAAAGACAUGGUUGCCUACUCAGAUUGGUCUCCUCAGAUUUUGAAGAUGAUAUGAUGAGGGUCUUAUUCCAGUUCUUCGAUCCUGUGCAUCGUUGUUUCACUUUUCCCGACUAUCAGUUGGUGCCUACCCUGGAAGAAUUUUCUGAGUUGCUUUGCUUACCCAUCCGAGAUCAGUUUCCCUUCACAGGUUUGGAGGACGUUCCAAAACCUGAAGUCAUGGCAAGCGCGCUACAUAUAGAAAAAUCAGAAGUUGACUCUAAUUGGGAAACAAAGAGUGGAGUCGAAGGCUUUCUCGCCAAAUUCCUAUUGAAGAAGGCUCGAUCAUUCCUAAAGGCCAUGAGUUAUCAAGCUUUUGAAGAUGUGUUAGCUUUAUUAAUCUACGGGUUAGUACUAUUCCCUAAUCCUGACCAGUUCGUUGAUAUGCAUGCUAUCACAAUAUUUCUAGCUCGCAACCCGGUACCUACCUUACUCGGAGACAUUUUACAUUCGCUUUACACUCGUACCAACAAGAAACGAGGAACUCUCAUGUGCUGCAUACCUUUACUUUCCAGGGGAGGUAUCACUUACAAUCCUUCAUUAGCUUUGCGUCAGUUUGGUUAUGCUCGAAGAAAUGGUCCUCAUGACAUGAUCAUCAAGGGUUAUGCGUUUGAUUAUGAAGAUGAUCCUCAGAAUUACCGACGAAGUUUCAUACGUGCGUGGGACAAAGUAUAUAAGUAUGAUAGCAAGGAGUUGGGCCAGAAAAACUCUAUUCCUCUUGAGCCUUACCUCAAAUGGGUGCGCACUCGUGCUCAAAAGUUUAUUAUGCCAUACCCUGCUGUCAGACCUGUGAUUAUUGAGCCUGAAUUUGAGGGAGAUGUCCCUCAGGUUAUUCUUCAUCCAGACAUGCCUACCGAUCUUGAGGAGCUGAAGAGAUCUUGGAUCCAGUUGAAGGAAGAAAGGGACACCUUUGAAGCUCAAUUUCGCGCCAAAGAGAGGAAAGUAUUAGAGCCCACAAAGCAACUUCAGGACGAGCAAAGCAUCAACACGUUCCUUGUUAAGGAUCUGCAAGCACAGAAUGCUGAGUUCCAAGCCCUGAUCUUGAGUCUGGCUAAAGGGCAGGAAGAGCUGAAGACCCUCCUUACUAAGAAUGAGAAGAAGACUAAGAAGCCUGUGGGCGUUUUCAACAUGGGAAGAAGAUUCCGAGGCCCUCUCAAAAAGGCCAAAGAAGUCGAUAUCCCAGAAGAGACUGAGCAAGAUGACAAUGUUAGUGGUAAGACUGAUCAAAAGAGCAAUGGUUCUGUCAAGCAAGAUGAAGAAGAAGAAGAGUACUAUGAUGAUGAAGAGUAUCCAGAAGAUAAGUACAGACAGUUGGAGGAAUGA